CACUACUCCCACUCCUCUGCCCCUCCCCUCCCCUCCCACAAUUUUUUUCACCAUCCCUCUCCUCCUCUGUCACAUAAAAAAACAGAGGAAAGGAAAUUCCUUUAUUAAUUAUUUUUUUCAGAGAAGCAAAAAAAAAAAAAAAAAAAAAAAAAAAAUGGGGCGUAGAAUCUGAAUAGCUUCUUCUCUCUGCUUCGCUUUCGCUGCGAGUGUCCCAAUAUGGGUUGGGGGUGGGUUUGAAUGAGAGACCCAAAAGAGUAAUCUCACUCCCUCGACCUAAAUUCCACCUGUAUUGGUUUAUCAAUGGCAGCUUCGGAGGCAGCUCAGGAGGUGCUCCCAUGGCUCAAAACCUUACCUUUGGCUCCGGAGUACCACCCGACCCUAUCCGAGUUCCAAGAUCCGAUUUCCUACAUUUUCAAGAUCGAGAAGGAGGCCUCCAAGUAUGGAAUCUGCAAAAUCGUCCCGCCGGUGCCACCCUCGCCGAAGAAGACUGCAAUUGCGAACCUGAACCGGUCGCUGUCGGCGCGGAACCCAGAGUCCGAGCCCACAUUCACGACCCGGCAGCAGCAGAUCGGGUUCUGCCCAAGAAGGCCCCGCCCGGUUCAGAGACCCGUGUGGCAGAGCGGCGAGUAUUACACGUUCGAGCAGUUCGAGGCCAAGGCCAAGGCCUUCGAGAAGACCUAUUUGAAGAAGUGUGGUGGUGGUGGGAAGAGAGGUGGGGCUGGGGCGCACCCUUCGGCCCUGGAAAUCGAGACCCUUUAUUGGAAGGCCACCGUGGACAAGCCCUUCUCAGUGGAGUACGCGAACGACAUUCCGGGCUCGGCCUUCGUGCCGUUUAGUCCCAAGAAAAGCAGGGAGGUGGGGUGGGAGGGUGUGAGCCUUGGAGAGACUGCGUGGAACAUGAGGGGGGUGUCGCGGUCGAAUGGGUCUCUGUUGAGGUUCAUGAAGGAGGAGAUUCCUGGGGUCACGUCUCCGAUGGUGUACGUAGCCAUGUUAUUUAGCUGGUUCGCUUGGCACGUGGAGGAUCACGACUUGCACAGCUUGAAUUACCUGCACAUGGGGGCCGGGAAGACGUGGUACGGCGUGCCGAGGGACGCCGCUGUCGCGUUCGAGGAGGUGGUCAGGGUUCAUGGCUAUGGAGGAGAGAUCAACCCUCUUGUUACUUUUGCUAUUCUUGGGGAAAAGACCACAGUGAUGUCACCUGAAGUGUUUAGUAGUGCAGGGGUUCCAUGUUGCAGGUUAGUGCAAAAUGCUGGGGAAUUUGUUGUCACUUUCCCACGAGCCUAUCAUACAGGGUUCAGUCAUGGAUUUAACUGUGGGGAGGCAGCUAAUAUUGCAACUCCUGAAUGGUUGAGAGUUGCUAAAGAUGCUGCUGUUCGAAGAGCUUCUAUCAAUUAUCCUCCCAUGGUGUCUCAUUUCCAGUUACUUUAUGAUCUUGCACUGGCAUUAUGUUCAAGAAUACCUGCGAGCAUCAGUGCUGAACCACGAAGUUCUCGGCUAAAAGAUAAGAAAAAGGGUGAAGGAGAAACAAUGGUUAAAGAGCUAUUUGUGCAGAAUGUAGUACAGAAUAAUGACCUGCUUCGCAUUCUUGGAAACGGAUCUUCAGUUGUACUUCUUCCACAAAGUUCUUCUGAUAUAUCCGUUUGUUCGAAAUUACGUGUUGGAUCCCAGUUAAGAGUAAACGCCAGCUUGGCCCCUGGUUUAUGCAGUUCUGGGGAAGUGAUGAAAAUGAAAUCCUCAAGUGUAGUUUCUGAUGAUCUUGUGCGAGACAGGAACCAGGGAAUUGGGCUAGUGAAAGGUUCCUUUCCAGUGAAAGGAAAUUUUGGCUCUUUGUAUGAGAGGAACAGAAUAUCCUCAUUGAGUAGAUUUAAUAAUAUGUGCUCCUCAAAUUCCAAGACACUGAAUACAGACUGUGAAAGAGAAAACACAAUUCAAAGCGAUGGGUUGUCAGAUCAGAGACUAUUUUCAUGUGUCACAUGUGGAAUUCUAAGCUUUGCUUGUGUUGCCAUCAUUCAACCAAGAGAACCAGCUUCUAGAUACCUUAUGUCAGCUGAUUGUAGCUUCUUUAAUGAUUGGGUUGUUGGUUCUGGAGUAGUUGGUGAUGGGUUUACCAUUGCUAACGGGAGUGCAAUUACUUCUGAUCAGGAUAUUGGUACAGGUAGGUUUCUAGAAAGAUCUCCUCUUGAAACUUGCCUUCAUUAUAUGAUCUUAGAUUGUGAUCAAGUAGAGAUUUUCUAUGUUUCUGGACCUGGCAUCUAUGUCCAACAUGUGCCUUUCGGGUGAGAUGUCCAGGGCUUUAGAUCCUUCAUUAUUUUAUUAGUUUAUCAGUGUGGUCGUAGCCAGCCUAUUCUAAUCACUUCUGGAGCAUGGGCCUUCAUUUCUUUUGAGUAGCCAGGAGAAAUUAUCUUUGUGUAAUGUGUUGUAUACUAAUGAACAGUCUAAGCUAGUGUGUAAUGGGUU